CCCAAAACUUCAGGGAACACCAACAUACACAUCCAUAUGAAACUAUUUUCCUUUGAAAUUAACUCAGAAUGGUUGAUAGGCUCGAAGGAACAUGGAAAUCCAUUUCUUGUGAAAAUUUCGAGGAAUAUAUGAAAGAACUGGGAAUAGGAAGAGCCAGUAGGAAACUGGGCUGUCUGGCAAAACCCACUGUGACCAUCAGUACUAAUGGAGAUGUAAUUAUGAUAAAAACCAAAAGCAUCUUUAAAAAGAAUGAGAUCUCCUUUAAAUUGGGAAAAGAGUUUGAGGAAACCACAACAGGUGACCGUAAAACCCAGAGUAAAGUAACCUUUGAUAAUGACUCCCUGAUUCAAGUUCUGAACUGGGAUGGCAAGGAAACCACCAUAAGGAGAAAGCUGGUGGAUGGGAAAAUGGUGGUGGAAAGUACUGUGAAUGAUGUUAUCUGCACACGGACAUAUGAGAGAGUAUCAACAAAUGCAGUCUCAAACUCUUAAGCUUUCUCAAGCUGUGAUCCAAACUAUGUAGGUUGUUUCAAUAAAACUCUGAAGUAAAAUAUUA